AUGCAAGAGCACAGCACUGGACAAACAACAACAAGCCCACCCGAGCAUAUGCCCGUCGAGCACGAUGCAAGCCCACUUGUUCUUUGCGGUGUUCACCACCACCCACUUAUUUGCACCACCACCCACUUAUGCGGUCUUAUUUGCACCGCCACCCACUUAUGUGGUCUUAUUUGCACCACCACCCACUUAUGUGGUCUUAUUCCGAGGAACAUUCCAUCACCGAGCAACCAUGCCAACCAACAGCCGCUGCCCGAAGGACAACUCACUUUCUCGACAGAGCGGGGUUCGAAGCAUAACUCGUACUACCCGCACCAUUUUCGAAUGAGAGCCAUCCCACGAAACACCGACAGCCGUAUAACAACGCAUCGCCUAUAUUCCCAUCACCUACUAGCACCGAUUCGCUCGAGAUCAUUGCUGGAGAAUGUGACUGUUGAUCCAGUUGUUCGAGGCUUUAUCAGAGACUGGGAUGCCAUGGAAGAUUUACUAAGGCAUGUACUUUAUACUGGUUUAGGUUGGGAGAUUGGCAAUGAAGGACAAAUUUUAUUUGCAAAUCCGCUAGCAACUCCAAAGUCUAUAAUUUUAUUAUUAAUAUACAUAUGUGUGGAACAGGCAGUUAGAGAGCAAUUGGUCCAGUUGAUGUUUGAAAAGUUCAACAUCUCUGGCUUUUAUGCAUCUGAGCAAGCAGUACUAUCACUUUAUGCAGUGGGGAGGAUCUCUGGAUGCACUGUUGAUAUUGGCCAUGGCAAGCUAGAUAUUGCAUCAGUAAUUGAAGGUGCUGUGCAGCAUAUAUCUUCAAGAAGAUUUGAAGUAGGGGGUUUGGAUUUGACAAACUUAUUUGCUAAGGAACUCCAUAAAUCCAAUCCGCUUGUCAACUUAAGCAUCUCCGACGUUGAAAAGUUGAAGGAGCGAUAUGCAUGCUCUGCUGAGGAUGAUGCGGCUUAUGAAAAGAUGCAGAAGGCAUGCCCUGAGGAGCUGCACACACUGCCUGAUGGACAGGUGAUAAAAAUUGGAAGAGAGAGGUAUACGGUUGGUGAGGCCUUAUUUCAACCAUCAAUUUUAGGUUUAGAGGCACAUGGAAUAGUUGAGCAGCUUGUUCGUUGUAUUUCAACUGUGUCAACCGAGAAUCAUCGACAGCUGUUGGAAAAUACUAUACUUUGUGGAGGAACUGCUUCUAUGACUGGUAAGGUUUUAUGAAUGUCUCAUAAGUGAACAGAACAAAUACCUUUUAGAAUAUGUUUAUAAGAGAACUCAACAGAAAUUUUGAAUUUACAGUGAUAAAUCCUGUUAAAGA